AUUCGUUACCGAUAACACGACGCGACGAAAGAGGGGAGGCCGUCUGCUCGACUACUGCUAGUAAAAAAGACAUCAUAUUUUUCGACUUUAGACUUGGCCUAUACCGAAUUUCGACACCGACAUCAUCUUAGCUAGCAACAUUUUAAGGUUGUUGAUCGGCAGAGGCUGGAAAGAACUUUGUCUUGAUGUUAGCUGCAGCAAGAAUCCAGCAAGAUAAACUAAACCUGAAGGAGAGUGCAUUGUAUUACCUUGAUAAAACUGGUCAGCUAGCUUCAAUUAAGAAGAAGUGUAUUGAAAUACAGCAGAGCAAUGAAAAACAAGUCCAGAUUUACAGCUUCCUUAUCAACAUUGAUAUCCAAGAAUUAUGCCAGAUUGAUGCGGAACUCGCAAACAUGGUUACUUGCAAGCCAUCAGAUGCAUACACAUUAUUUCAGGAAGUAUGUUUUACCACAUCACACACACUUGGAGUCAUUCCAAAGAGCAUCAAACCAACUCAAAUCCACUGUAAUCUCAUGCUCAAAGGCCUACCUACACUCCCUAGCUUCAUAUUGCGACCAAGAGAUUACUUUGCAUCCAAGUUUGCAUCCCGCUUUUACCAGUUUGUAGGCGUGGUGUGUAGUAUGACUUCUCCUUUCAAAUAUACUCGAUGUGCCAAAUAUAGAUGUCCAAUUUCUGAAUGCUAUGGAUCAGAUGAAAACACAUAUGUUAGGUUGCACACUGCAGGAGCCAAAGAGACACAGACUGUUAGGAAUGAUUUCCAUUGCUUCUAUUGUGGUACUCUCCUUGUUGAAGAUGUGAAUGGUAGAAUCAUUGGAGAACGGCUCAUUGUUAAGAUGGUGUGCAAAGAUGCAUUUUAUGAAGCUUCAUGUCCACAGUAUCAUCAGUCUAUAACAGUGUACAUCAGAGAUGACCUGAUUCCCUCAGUCUUCCUUGGUGGGUGUUUCAAUGUGGUUGGAAUACCUACAAUAGAAAACUCUGGUUCAAAGAUGUCACUUGCAUUUGAGGCAAACAACAUAUUGCUGAUUGAAGAGCCAGCCAACGCACUGAUGCCAAAGAAUAUCCCAGAGAUUAUCAAUCAACUCUAUACAGAUCGUGUAUCAUCUCCAUGGAGUUUCAGUUCAAGCAUGGCAUACUUGUUUGCUCCUGACAUAGCACCACAUGGAACCUUUCACAAACUCAAACUCCACCUUCUGCUAAGCCUCAUGCAGACAACACAAUGUGAAAAGAUCCUAGAUGUACUAGCUGUCGGCAAGGAUACCCAUAUACUACAUAGACUAAUGAUGCAUGCAGCAUCGUUAGUUAAUCAGCAGGUAACACAUGCUUCAUCCACGCCCAUAUUUGGUCAUAUUCAAAAGGAUCCACAGACUGGUACAUGCAUCAUUGAAGCUGGCUCUGUAGUACUUGCACACCAUGGAGUGUGUUUACUAGGUUGCUUGGAUACAUGGAAGAAAGAUGCAAAGGAAAAACUGAGGGCAGCAACGGACAAUAGGGUGAUAACAUUGACUGUCCCACGUACUGUAGAUGCUGGUCCUCUACAGAUACAUACCUUACCUCUUCAAUCAACUUUGUGGGCAUAUGCUAGUCCUGAUGUAAGAAAGAUGAAAGCAGAUCUGUUUGUGGCACAGGAUAUUGAUGAUAAUUCCAAAAAGAUUCCAGAAGGGUUCAGUAUGGUAGUGAUGUGUGAUAACAAUGAACAGACAUGGGAUGAAUUCAAGGAAGCAAGUCUGAUCCAUCAAGCUUUGAUUGGUGCUAUGAAUGCCACACAGGAUCAACCACAUCAAGUCAUUUCAAAUCAAGACUUUAGACAGUUCAUUACCCUUGCAAGCCAGCAGCCUGCAGAACUGACCAAAGCCGCCCAGCAGCUUAUAAAGGGAUACUUUGUGGGGAGUAGAAGGGUGCGAUCAUCUGGUGUGAGGGGUACACCAUUCCCCCCUGCUGCUCUCAAGACCCUAACAAGUAUGGCAGCUGCCCAUGCUAAGCUGUGCCUCCGUAAAGAUGUAACAGAGAAUGAUGCUACACUAGCCAUUAUGCUUUAUGAGGAGUCAAUCACUGCUAGAUUUGGUUACUCAACCCUAAAUGUACACCCCUGCCCACAUUUCAGGGACAGCAACAUUAGUAACUAUCUAGGCUCAGAGAAUGACCUUCGUAUGCAGCAGUUUCAGGAGCAGUUGCGAAGAUUCUGUGCAAACCACGAUCCCAACUUCAGUAUUCAUUCUCCAGAAGAUUAACUUAUCACAUGGGAUUAGAACAUACAGGAAAGGAAUUUAGACAAUUGUAGAUGGACCCUUUUUCCUAGUGAUCAAUCUUGAUCUCAUCAAAUGGAAUGCCAGGAUUACAGUAGCCUUCUAUUAAACAUAUUUUUGGAAACUUGUUUAAUGAAACCAGGUCACUAUAAACUUGACUGUCUUAAUAGAAAUCAUCAAAUUCUGAUGCAGGAUAUAAUUAUAUAUAUCAUUAAAAUCUUUAUUUUUUGGUUUGUUUGAUAUUUGUCUGUAUAAGAUUUAUUUAAGUCAACAUUGUACAAAUAGUUGUAUAAAUGCAUUUGAUUACAGAUAAAAGUAAUAUUUGUGUUAAUAUUAAUGAUCCUAUGAUUACACACGAGCAUUUAUACAUCAAAUUUGUUCCAAAAUGUUCUUUUAUGCAACACAUUGAUUUUUCAUGCUCUUCUUGAAAGAAAUUUGAAUGUUUGAUAUGGAAAUUGAAAGUGUAUUUACCUUUUUUCAUUGACAGAUUAUAUAUUUAUUAAGUUUUGUUUGUAAAUAUUCCAUAUUAGAGUUUUAAAAGGAAUGUUCAUUUUGAAUUUAUUUUUAAAGAUAUAUAUUUGAAUAGUUUCAUCAAUAUAUGAUUGUAUUUUUAAUCUGGAUGUUUUUAUGCAAGGUUGAACCUGAAGAAGUGUACGCUAAGCAGUAAAGCUUUCUAAUUAUUUUUGUUGACAAAUAUGCAUAUAUUUAUUAGAGUUUUAUAUAAUAAUAUAUACUCAUUUAUUUAUUCAUAAGAGAUUUAUCAUUAAAAAGAAACUAGUGGGAAAGAUACAAUGCUUGAGUGUAUAUAGUAGACAUUAGUGUAAAAUCUCCAAAUGAAUAAGACAUUGUAGUACAUGUAUUACAUUUUUACAGCCUUUUUUCUGUUCAGAAGAGUGCUUUCUAUAUAAUGUUUUCUAUUUAUUACAAAUGGACAAGCAUGCCAGGUGCAUUGGUUAUAGUCACAUAUUUUUUUUUUCUGGUUUAAAAAGCUAUUUUUGCCUUCUUUAUAAUAUAAUCAGCUUAACUUGCCAUAUUUUGUAUUGCGAUUAUUGCCUUUCAUUGCCUUUGAGAUAUAUGUAAAUGUGUAUGUAUUAAGCAUAGUUCUUUUUUAUUGUGGUCCAAGACUGAGGUAGUUAUGACCCUAUGCAAAUCCCAAAUCAGUGACCAAACUAUUCCCCAUGGAAAAUUCUUACUAUAGUCCACCCAGAAUAUCUUGCACCUUUGAUGCACAUUUUUUUUUCAUUGCAAACUCUAUGUAAUGGACAAUGUUACCAAGAUUCAUGCAAAAUAACAUGAUUUUUAGAUGGAGGGCAUUUAUAUGAAAUAAGAACCCUUUUUUUAACAUUUGACAUCCAUUUGUCUCCAGGUUCACUUUAUAAUAAUAAUAACGGCAUAUUUACCCAGGGUAGCCACUUCAGUUCCGAAAAGCAUUCUACCAGCAGGCCC